GGCCGGGCUGGGCAGGGCGGUGGCAGGAGCAGAGCCAGGGAAGAUGACAUCUCGGCUCCUCUGAGCCAGCAGUGCCCAGGGAGAGCGGAGCCAUGGAGCUGGAGUACGAGCCACCCAACGCCACCUGGUUCUCCCCGGCGUCCCCCUUCGACAACUUCUCCCUGGAGGCUCCCACCAACACCUCCCAGAACGCCACGGGCCAGCACUUCGACCUGACCAGCAACGCCAUCCUCACCUUCAUCUACUUCGUGGUCUGCAUCGUGGGGCUGUGCGGCAACACGCUGGUCAUCUACGUCAUCCUGCGCUACGCCAAGAUGAAAACCAUCACCAACAUCUACAUCCUCAACCUGGCCAUCGCAGACGAGCUCUUCAUGCUCGGGCUGCCCUUCCUGGCCAUGCAGGUGGCCCUGGUGCACUGGCCCUUCGGCAAAGCCCUCUGCAGGAUUGUCAUGACGGUGGAUGGCAUCAACCAGUUCACCAGCAUCUUCUGCCUGACGGUCAUGAGCGUUGACAGGUACCUGGCCGUGGUCCAUCCCAUCAAAUCUGCCAAGUGGAGGCGGCCCAGGACAGCCAAAAUGAUCAACGUGGCCGUUUGGGGCGUCUCCCUGCUGGUGAUCAUGCCCAUCAUGAUUUAUGCCGGGGUGCAGCACAACCACGGCAGGAGUAGCUGCACCAUCAUCUGGCCGGGAGAGUCGGGCGCCUGGUACACGGGGUUCAUCAUCUACGCCUUCAUCCUGGGCUUCCUGGUGCCUCUCACCAUCAUCUGCCUUUGCUACCUGUUCAUCAUCAUCAAAGUCAAGUCCUCGGGCAUCAGGGUGGGCUCCUCCAAGAGGAAAAAGUCGGAGAAGAAAGUCACCAGGAUGGUGUCCAUCGUGGUCGCUGUCUUCAUCUUCUGCUGGCUGCCCUUCUACAUCUUCAACGUCUCCUCCGUGUCCGUCAUGAUCGUGCCCACGCCCGUGCUCAAGGGCAUGUUCGACUUCGUGGUGGUGCUGAGCUACGCCAACAGCUGUGCCAACCCCAUCCUCUACGCCUUCCUGUCCGACAACUUCAAGAAGAGCUUUCAGAACGUGCUGUGCCUGGUCAAGGUCAGCGGCAUGGACGAGGCCGACCGCAGCGACAGCAAGCAGGACAAGUCCCGGCUCAACGAGACCACGGAGACGCAGAGGACCCUGCUCAACGGUGACCUGCAGACCAGCAUCUGAGGGGACAGCGGGGUCUGUCCUCCCUGUGCCACCGCGGGCUCACGGCAGGAAUGCCACCUGAGGGGACGGCUGGGAGCGCCCCAUGGCCUCGGGGGCCUUGCUGGGCUCCUCUCUGCUGGGUUGGAUUUCACGUGCUGGGAAGGAGACGGGUCAGGAGGAGCCAGGGAAACAAAGACAACUCACGGCGACACGGCGAAUUUCGACACCAAAGUGCCACCGUGGGCACAGGUACGGCCGGGGGGGCUCUGCUGGGUCCCCCGUGCCACCCUCGGGGCCGGCUGGCUUUGGGGCUCUGCCCCACAGCGGGUGGGGACCUCAGGAGGAGCCACAGGUGUGUGACAACACGGGGACACACCGACCUGGUGGGAGCUCCCUGCGAGUGUCCCUCCCGAGGACACCGGCACUUUGGGACUGCGUUUUCCCUGGGUUAUUCCUCACUCCGGGCUGUGACACUGGCACUUUGGGAUUGCCUUUUCCCUGGGUUAUUCCUCUCUCCGUGCUGUGACACCGGCACUUUGAGAUUGCGUUUUCCCUGGGUUAUUCCUCACUCCGGGCUGUGACACUGGCACUUUGGGAUUGUGUUUUCCUUGGGUUAUUCCUCACUCCGUGCUGUGACUGCCGCCCUGCCCGAAGGGGACACGGGAGGACUUCCCCACGGGGAGCAGCUCUGUCCCCGCAGCAGCUCUGUGACCCCACCCUGCCUCCCCCCGCCCCGCCGUGUCCCGCUGCUGCAGGGCCCUUUCCCUGCCACCUGCCCGCAGAUUUUCUCCUCGGAUGGAGAAUUUCCCCCCGUUUUCCCUCCCCGGUAGCCGCUGCCCCUCCCACCGCCCGCAUCUGCCGGGGACCGCGAUCGCUGCUCCGGGCACCCGCGGCACCAGCUCCGCUCCCUGCUGGGAAAUCCUUGGAAGUGUUUUAGCGGCGGUGACACAUCGGAGAAGCCUGGCACGGGCACCUGGCGCUGCCAACGCCUCCCUGACAUCGGGGUUUGUCCGGCCACGGCUCCGAGCAUCUCUGGGGUGACUCCUCCUUCCAGGCAAGUCACGCUGGAGGCAGGGGUGAGGGAGAGGAUGGGGACGGGAAUUUGGGUGAUGGGGACUCGAUCCCCACACUUGUCCGAGCCGAAGGGACCGGGCAGAGCAGAAAACAGGGCAGGGCAGCACGGAUCCAUCCCUGGAUCCUGCACUGUGUGAGGGGUGGCGGGGCUGGCCCCACAUCUGCUCUAUUUGGCAUCCCGAGACUGUCCCGGAGCGCUGAGCCCUGUCCCUGUCCCUGUCCCUGUCCCUGUCCCUGGCUGCCCUCCCAGCUCAGCACAACCCCGGGGCUCUGCAGCCCUGACCCCCCCGAACAAAGCCCCUCCUCGGCCAGCGCAGCGGGAGCUCGAGGCAGAGCCCAGGGGAGAGGGAGAAGUGGCGAUUUCCUGCCGGAGCAGCCGGAGCAGCGGCUGUGCCAGAGCCGGGGCCGUUCACAGGCCCCUGGGCAGAGCUGAGCCGUGGGAACGCGGGGGGUUCAGAGCAGAGAGCGGCCGGGGCUCGCUCACCCCGCCCGGAGCCAGCCCAGCCGGGUGGCACCAUGGCCAGCGGGCACGGAGCCUCCACCUGGCAGUGAGGAGGUGAGCUGAGCUCCGGGUCCCUGCCUGGGGACCCCCGGGCCGUGCUCCAGCUCUGGCUCAAGUUUCCCCACGGCUCUGCCCAGCUGCUGCAGCAAAUCCCAGCCUGGGGCAUCCCAUCCUGCUGUGGCACCGCUGGCAGCUCCCCAGAAAGGGCUCAGUGCCAGGCUGGGUACCUGCUCCUGCCUCUGCUGGACGUGGCUCAGGCAUUUUCCGCAAGACAAAGCAGAGCGAUGUCAGCGAUUGUUUGCUUUUAACUCUUUCCUGCUCCUCCGAGGAGCAGUGACAGCGUCCAGGUGCCCGUGUGGCACCGCCCUGUCCCCUCGCUGGGCACUGAGCACAGCCCUGAGCCUGGGUGCCCUGCUGGCCCUGACACCAACAGAGGGUCAGGGCACGGAGAAACUCCUGGGGAGGGCUGGGCUGCUGUGCCCGGGCUCGGUGACAUCGGUGUCACACCCAGGAACAGCAGGGCUGCUGUCUGAGCUCGGUGACAUCGGUGUCACAGCCAGGAGCAGCGGGGCUGCUGUGCCCGGGCUUGGUGACAUCGGUGUCACAGCCAGGAGCAGGGCUGCUGUCUGAGCUCGGUGUCACUGGUGUCACAGGCAGGAGCAGGGCUGCUGUCUGAGCUCGGUGACAUCGGUGUCACAGGCAGGAGCAGGGCUGCUGUCUGAGCUCGGUGACAUCGGUGUCACAGCCAGGAGCAGGGCUGCUGUCUGAGCUCGGUGACAUCGGUGUCACAGCCAGGAGCAGGGCUGCUGUCUGAGCUCGGUGACAUCGGUGUCACAGGCAGGAGCAGGGCUGCUGUCUGAGCUUGGUGACAUCGGUGUCACAGGCAGGAGCAGGGCUGCUGUCUGAGCUUGGUGACAUCGGUGUCACAGGCAGGAGCAGGGCUGCUGUCUGAGCUCGGUGACAUCGAUGUCACACCCAGGAACAGCAGGGCUGCUGUGCCCAGGCUCG